AUGUUGGGCCGUUUCACUAAUCGCAGGCGAGUCUAUUUGAUUUUGGCCUGCGCCGCCACCUCGAUAUGCCUUCUCAACCUCCUCUUCCUCACCCAGACCGUGGACAGUACUGUGAUCCGACUCCCCACCUUCGGUCUGUUCACCGCGGCGACAAAACCCGUGUUUGGGGAACAUGCGCACGAUAAGCACCCGAUUGCCAACCUUAUGGCAGAUGCGGAUCGCAAGUGGGUGAAAUACGAAAAGGAACGCUCCAAGAGUUUCCGUCAGACUGUCGCACAAUAUCGGGAAACUUAUGGUCGACACCCUCCUCCCGGGUUCAAGGAGUGGUAUAUGUUCGCCCGCAAGAACAAUGCGCACCACGUGGAUGAUUUUAAUCAGAUCACCGGCGACUUGCGACCUUUCUGGGCGAUCCCUCCGGCGACGAUUCGCCAGACGGCGGCCAAGCUGCGACACAGCGAUGGAAUAAUGGGCGUGCAAGUUCGCAAUCACAAAGUGGUGCAUUCGGACGAAGAGGGCUGGAGGGUGGAAACACUGAGAAAAUCCGUGAAGAGACUCGCUCAGUAUCUCCCAGACAUGGACAUCGCACUCAAUAUUCAUGACCAGCCCCGGGUCCUGCUGUCAUGGGAAGACACGCAAGAACACCUCAGCGCCGAAGUCCUCACUAGGAGCAUGCCGCCGGAUGCGCAGGAUCAGUUCACUCCAAACAUGCAAUACUUGAACUCCGAAGAGCCCGAGGUUGAAGGCGAGGAUAUAUCCUGGUCAUCCCUCGCCGGGAAACUUUACAUGGACACUGCCCAAACCGCCUGUUCUCCCGAGUCUCCUGCGCGCAAUCAUAAUAUCACCAUUGAGGAAGCCGACAAGUUAUACAAAACCUCCUUCGGUGGAUUGAUCAACAACUUUACCGCUUCCUCUGAUCUAUGCACCGUUGGCCCGGCUCUUGGCAAAAGCCAUGGAUUCUUGUUUUCGGCUUCCAGUAACCUGGUCACAAGGAAGUUGGCUCCAGUGUUCAGCGAGUGCAAAGUGAGUGUGAACAAUGAUAUCCUGUUCCCUGCGAAUAUGUACUUCAUGAACGACAAGCGCUACACAUACAACUCGCGUCAUGACUACGAAUGGGAGGACAAAUCCGACAAUCUCAUCUGGCGCGGCGUAACCUCUGGUGGUGUCCAAGUUGCAGACAAUUGGCAGAACAUGCAUCGUCAGCGAUUUGUGCAAUUGGCAAACAGCACCGAGAUGGCCAACCAAACUGUCGCAAUCCUCUCUGAAACGAAGACGCACAAGUACCAGAAUUUCACGAGCUUUAAUCCCAGCAAAUUUGCUGCAGAGAUCUUCGAUGUUGGUUUCACCGAAGCAUUCGGCUGCAUCCCCGAUUGCUCCUUCUACGACGAUGUAUGGACUUUCAAAAAGCCCAAAGACUUCAGCGAAACAUUCAAGUCCAAGUACCUUGUCGAUAUCGACGGUCACAGUUUCUCGGGCCGAUGGCGCGCCUUCCAACUCAGCAAAUCGCUUGGCAUCAAAGCGACCAUUUUCCGAGAAUGGCAUGACUCGCGUCUCUUUGCCUGGCGCCACUUUGUUCCUAUGGAUAAUCGAUUCGACGACCUUUACUCCCUAAUGACCUACUUCAUCGGCCUCAAUUCCCUGUCUGAGAAUACGACAUCAAUCAUCGAACCGCACAUUCAAAACCACGACUUUGAAGCGGAGGUGAUUGCAGCGCAGAGUCGGGAAUGGGCACAACACGCAUUACGAGAUGAAGACCUUGAUAUCUACCUCUAUCUUCUUUUGUUGGAAUAUGGUCGUAUCAUUGAUGAUAAUCGCGAUAUUAUUGGAUACAGUGGCGAUGGAAGCGAACUUGAUCAGUUUGAUGUCGACCAUCCGUUCUCGCCGGCGAUACAGAACAUUGUCAAUCCCCCAUCUGACAAGCAUGAACCUUGA